AUGGACGUGGAUGCCUUGGAAGGAAGGCAGUGUCGCCCCUGUGCCUGCGCCCUUGAGGAACUUUAUAGGUAUCGCAAGUCGCGCCCCGUGACCACCGGUAGUAUCGCCAUAGAGAUGGUAUGGGCAGACGCAGCUUUAGGUAAAAGACGGGCGAUUCGUCUCACCUGCCGAGAAGCAAGCGUUUUGGAACUUGCAAUGACGGUGCGCUGCUCUCCACCGAGACACCGGACUUGUGAUACAAUGACGUAUGCAGAGACGCCCAUGACAGUUCCUAUGAAGGCAAUUACAAUGAGCUAG